AUGAGCAUCAACGAGCGCAUUAAUAAAGAAGAUUUCUCUUUAAAAUAUGUCCUUAUAGAUGACGCCAUCAACAUUAUAAAACGAGAGGGCAAUUUGCCUAUCCUGUGCAAAACAGAUGUAGUAGAUGCUUUCAAACUGAUCCUAAUUCGGCAGGAUCAUCAGCCUUUUUACGGAAUUAAAUGGAGAGGAAAAUAUUACUUCUAUAGACGACUAGUGUUUGGAUGCAGAAGCAGUCCAAAAAUAUUUGAUUUGCUUUAUCAAGCGGUAUGCUGGAUACUGACAAACAAUUAUGGAGUGAAAAAUGUUUUACACUUACUUGAUGACUUUCUUACCAUUGACUCUCCAGGAGAUGAGGGAAUAAAGACUAUGGCCAUCCUGACACUCGUGUUCAAAAAAUUGGGAAUCCCAAUCUCAGCGAAGAAAACAGUGGGACCAUGUACAGUGCUGGAAUAUCUUGGAAUAAUACUUGAUUCAGAACGCAGGGAAGCCAGGAUUCCAUUGGAAAAAAUUGAACGCAUUUUUCUCCUCAUAAACAAAAUAAAAUCUAAAAAAUCAUGCACAAAAAGAGAACUACUCAGCUUAUUAGGACAUUUCAAUUUUGCAGCAAGAAUUAUCCCAGCAGGAAGAUCAUUUAUUUCCUAUCUGUUAACUUUGGCUUAUUCAGUGAGAGAGCUUCAUCAUCAUGUAAGUUUGAACAGUGAUUGUAAGAAAGAUCUCAACAUGUGGGAAACUUUUCUCAGACGGUGGAAUGGUCAAUCUUUCUUCAUCGAUGAACAGCUAUCAACAACAACCCAACUGCAAUUAUUUACAGACGCUUCAGCUACUCAUGGCUUCGGAGCUUACUUCUCUGGAAAAUGGUUUCAAGGAAGAUGGCCAGAUGAGUUGAAGAAUUUGGGAGAUGAUCCAAUUUCAAUAGCACUAUUAGAACUUUACCCAAUAGUCGUAGCGGUAGUUAUUUGGGGACACGAAUGGUCAGGAAAAAGAGUUCAGUUUCUGUGUGAUAAUAAAGCCACUGUUCAAAUUAUAAAAAUCGGAGAUCUAAAUCUCCAGCCAUAA